AUGGAGGAGCACGCGCGUCAGCCUAGCCCCAAGCCGGUGCAGCCGGUAUCUCGCAAACGCGUCGCGCCGGUAAUCUCCGUGCUAACCCUAUGCCUCUUUGUCAACCUGUCAAUGAGCCUCUAUCAACUCCCCUCUAAUCGAUUGAUCGAGAGACGUCUUUGCGUAGACUACUACGUCAAGAAUGAUCCGUCGAAAAUCCAGCCUGGUGGCAGCGUUGAUGAAAAGCUCUGCAAGAUUCGCGAGAUAGAGAAAGACCUGGGUCGGAUUCAGGGCGCGAUGGAGACGCUUUGGGUGGCCGGAGUCGGCUCUUUUGACACCCUACUCCCAACUAAGGCCAUCGCGGUCGGCCCCGUGCUUUCAGUCCUUGGCGGAGAUUGCGUCUUUAACUCUCUUACCUACGGCCUUGUCUCGAAUUUAACCGACGACCAUGUUCAAAGAGCAAUUUACUUCGGAUACAUGAGCUCGGUGUCUUACGUCGUGGCCUUACUUGGGCCUGCACUAGCUUCAUCUACCAUGACCUUAUCGCUAUGGCUACCGUUCUGGAUCGGCAUAGUCCUGCUCUCAUUGGCUAUCCCAACCAUACAGAUGCUACCCACGCAUGGAAAUACCGACAAAGUAACCGAUGGCGAUGAUGAGAGCCAGCAUGAACCUCUCCUCUCAUCCCCUCGUAUCAAAGCCCAAUCCCAUCAUGAGCCGCUACUUCAGUCUGUCAUUGACCGUCUUCAUACAAUCAAAACCAUCAUCGUCAGCCACCCAAAGAACUUCAGCUUGUUGCUAUUCAGCUUCAUGCUUACAUCUGUUGCAAGCUCAGACACAAAGCUUCUUGUUCAGUAUAUAUCUGCACGUUACGAGUGGACAUUUGCUUCCGCUGGGUAUCUCUUAUCUGGGAAAGCAAUCGUCAACUUCUCGUUACUCACCAUCGUUAUUCCCAGGCUUUUGCGAUCUGCACGUCAGGUGCGACAUGAAGACAUGGUUGAGGAAGCGGAUAAGUCAAAUAUUCGGAACGCUAUGUACUGUCUUAUCGCAUCUGUGUUUGGCGCCUUGGGCAUUGCCCUUGCCAGCAGUAUUUGGAUGUUAAUCCCCUCCAUGUUUGUCUACGCCCUUGGCUCUGCCCUCCCUAUAUUCACCUUAUCCCUUCUCAAAUCUCCAGUCAUAUCGCCGCCUCAUUCUUCCGACUCUUCCGAUCCUGAACCUCACAUCUUCUCCAUUGUCAUGCUGGUAAAGACAGUUGGUUCGCUUUUAGGGGCGCCUUUGAUGGCAGCGCUCUGGGUCCGUGGUCUUGGGAUUGGCGGAAUGGCUCUCGGUAUGCCGUUCUUCGUCAGCCAGGCAUGUUAUGCUGUGGCCAUUUGGGUUUUUGUAAACAUAGAAGUAGACCGUGAUGUAUUAGCUGCUACCGAGCGGAGGAGAUGCAGCCGAGACUAG